ACUUGGCCUACUUACCUUUCACGGCCCAGCCCACAUUUCAUCCAGUCAGAUUCGGAACGGCCACAUCCCAAUUCACGGUCCUGAAGCUAGGUAAUAUCAAGGUGAACAAACAAUGGCAGGCUUAGUCAAAGCAAAGAAGUAUAACUGGAAGGAUUCCAACUUGGCCCUCUUUGGCAGCAAACUUGAGAGGGAUGUAAAGAAGGCUUCGGCCGAGACUGAGCCUGCGUGGAAAGGGGCCGGGCAAGAAGUUGGUCUGCAGAUCUGGCGUAUUGUGAAAUUCAAGGUAACCCAAUGGCCCAAGGAAGAUUAUGGAAAAUUCUACAGUGGCGACUCUUACAUCGUAUUGAACACAUACAAGAAGGAGGGUUCCGAGGAAUUGAAGUGGGACGUGCACUUCUGGAUAGGUAAAUACAGCACACAGGAUGAGUACGGUACUGCGGCCUACAAGACCGUGGAACUGGACACCCUGUUGGACGAUGGACCAGUGCAGCAUAGAGAAGUGCAGGGUUGGGAAUCUGAUUUAUUCAAGUCUUACUUUCAGCAGAUUGUUAUCAUGGAAGGGGGAUCUGACACCGGAUUCAGGCACGUGACCCCAGAGCAGUACCGACCGCGUCUGUUGCACUUCCAGGGCUCGAAGAGAGUAGUUGAAGUGAGAGAGGUCCCACUGAAGAGGAAGUCGCUAAACUCUGGCGAUGUCUUCAUUUUGGAUCUGGGACUCAAGAUCUACCAGUGGAACGGCACCGAUUCUAACAAGGACGAGAGGUUCAAGGCAAUGGCCCUUUGCCAGCAGCUAGAAAGUGAGCGCGGUGGUCGUGCGAAAGCUGACGUUCUGGAGGAAUUUUCCACGUCCUCCGACUUCUAUGACGCCCUGAAAGACGAUGAGCCAGAUGAGGACGAGGAUGAUUUCGAGGACGUUGAAAUUGACAGACAGCUUUUCCGUCUGACAGACGCACACGGCUCUCUGGAGACCAAACUUGAAGCCACCGGCGCUGAUGUGAAAAAAGAUCGCUUGGAUCCUGCUGAUGUUUUCAUCGUGGACAAUGGAAAGACCUGUUUCGUGUGGGUCGGCACAUAUGCUUCUAAAAAAGAAAAAGCGAAAGGCAUGGUGAUGGCUCAUGACUACCUGAGUAAGACCAAGCACCCCUUGGUUCCAGUAACCGUUGUUAAAGAAGGCCAAGAUAACGAGGCCUUCGACCUGGCAUUUGCUGCCUAGAUAAAGAGACAAGAUCCCUGUGUCAGUGACUUAAUAAUAAGGAAUAGUCUUACCUUCGCAUUGGGACAACUUUCCUCCAUACCAUUAUUGGCAGAUAUAUAGACUAUCAGCAUUGGCAGAUAUAUAGACUACCAGUAAUUGUUUGUCAGCGUUGCAAAAUUACAUUAGCAGCGUGUUAGGAGUCGCCUCGAGCAAUGGAACUGGAUUCUUGAUAAGUAAUUAAAGGCAAAAAUCAAUGGGAGUCACAUCUUGGAGAUAUUAUAUUUCAUACUCAAUUGUUUGCUGUCAUUUGUCCCUUUUUUCAUUUCCUAAGAAGUACAGAAACUGCAAAGUCGCAAAAGCAGGAUGUUAAGAAAGAUACACUGGCUACAUUAUAAGACAAAAGAUCUUUAGAUUAUUUUAGCUAGCUACUUGUUUGCUUUUGUCCCUCUCCUCAUUUUAUAUUACCGGUUGUUUACUUUGUGUUUCGUACCUGCAUGUAGAGACACUUUGAUUUUUAUGCUCGAUGUUGAAUGUUUGUAGCAUGGGUUAUAUUUUUGGUUAGACCAUGUACAUGUACCUUAGAGGCGGAAACCGAAAGACUCGUAAAAAUCUGAAUAAAAUUUAGAAAAAUUUGA